CUAGCUGCGGACACCACCAUAGGCACCGCAACAACUUGGCGUCAAACGUGGGGCCUGGAAUCGCUGCCAGACCCCUCGGACAGGACCAGCGGGGCUGCCGCCCCUGCAUUACAAAGCCAUACGCGACAGCCUGCAAGAGGUCCGUGGCCGCUGAGUUACCCCCAGUUGUAGCAGGCCUUGUUUUAGAGGUUGCGCUCCUGGGGAACGGGAGAGGCAGCUUCCCUGGAAGUCUCUCCCCGACAAAGACCCCACCCCGGAUUUUCUGUUGCCCCUACAGACUUGCCUCAGCCCGAGACCAUCAGAACAACAUGAACCCCAACCACCUGCUCAUCCUACUAUGCCUCAUCAUCCCCAGCUAUACGUGGAUCAUUCCGCAGCCAACCAAAAACUUGACUUCCAAGGCUGGGGAUGUCCGGAAAGCCAUCAACCAAAUGAGAGACAUGAUUAAGGACAUCAAAACAGAGACUGGGGAUGGGUUGAGUGACCUGGUGGGAAAUUGGGGUAUCUCGGGCUGGGCCACUUCUAUUUUACAUUCAGGUUUAGUGAUUGUGUUUAUUCUUAUUUUAGCCCUUGUUGUGUUCAGGAUUCUGAGACGGUUGGUGUCCAACCUUAUCACUAAAGCUCUAACAGUCCACGCCACGAACCCGGCUGUGCUCCUCUCUGCCCAGGGACCCGAGGUGGAUGAAGAAGACCAACCAGUCCCUGAACCAGAAGGACCCUGGGUGGAGACAGCUCCCACCUGCCAGCCGUGGUUCGCCGACACCUACCCGGACUCAGAAUUCCUACCCCGACCCAAAUUUAAUUCAUUUUAAGAGACUUUUAAAGACUUUUAUGGACUUUUUCACCAAGUUUUUCGUUUUGUUUAAAACAAAAAAGGGGGAGUUGUUGGGGUGUGUUUUUAGUUCCCCCAUAUUAUGGUUUCUCCCUCUCCCCCUCCUUCUGUUACAUGGUCCGUCCCUCCUUCUCCUCCUCCCUCUUUCGCCUGUCAAUCCUCCCUUUCCCCACCCCAGUUAUAUAACUUUCCUCUGAGUCAUUCCCCAGACCCCACCCCGGGGCCUGUCUGUCACCCUGAGGCCUCUCCCUUCUAUCCAGAACCUUCCAGCCCCUGCCUCAGGUGAUAGGCUGAUCCCCCGGGACCCCUCCUCCCCCCUCACCUCUUUGGAUCCCUCCCUUGAUUGUCAUUCCCUUCACCACUCCCCGGUUAUUCCCCAUUGGCCCACAGUUGUUCCCUCCCCAUGUUGCCACCCCCUGUUAUAACCCCUUGCUGGCUGUAUCCCUUUGCCUUUUGGGGCAUACCCUGAUCAGGUUGAGGUGGGUCUUGCCGACCACCAAUAAACUUGGAGUUUGGUACCCCCUCAA